AUAAAUCUUAUGGCUAAUGAGACCGACAAUAUUAUUUUUCGUAAGAGUAGAGUUAAGCAUCCAAGUUUAGAAAAGGCUCUUAGUAUUUGGGCUAACCAAGUAAUAGUAUCGGGGUUAUCAGUUUCAGAAGCUUUAAUUUCUGAAAAAGCUCGUUAUUUUGCGAUGAUUAUGGGUAUAUCCGAAGAAGAUAUGAAAUUUUCUAACAGUUGGUUAAAUGGAUUCAAACAAAGAAAUAAUUUAAAGGUUAAGAAUCAUGCUGCAUUACCUGUAACAUAUAAAGAUAAUGAAAAGGCAUGGAUGAAGUAUGACAUUUUCGAAAAAUGGGUAAAAGAUCUAAACUAUAAAUUUCGAGUCGAAGAUAAGAGAGUCUUAUUACUAGUUGAUAAUGCGGCAUCCUAUUUUAAGCAACAUGAAAAAAAGAAAAAGGACAAAACUGAUAGCUAU